AUGGGUUUGAUAGAAAAGCUUUGGGACGAUGGUUUCGCUGGACCUCCGCCGGACAGUGGCCUGGGUAAGCUGAGACUGAGGAAUAUCAAGACUGUCAAGCCUAUGGACAUGAAAGAAAUUGGCGAGAGUAGCAGCAACUCACCAACAACUCCAGGAACACCGAGUGGGGAGAUGUCUCCAAAAGAUAACGUUUGGAGAAGUGUGUUUAACCCAGGCAGAAAUUCGGCCACAAAACGAUUUGGCUCUCAGUUCUAUGACAAGCCACAACCUAACUCUCCUACUGUAUAUGAUUGGCUUUACAGUGGGGAAACUAGGAGCAAGCAUCGCUAA